UCAACGGAAAUACCAAAAUAAAAGCUUCAAGAAAACCUCCCGCGCUAAAGUGUGCCGGUCGUGGUCAGGUUGUGUGUCUGCGCUCCUCUCACGGUCACUUUUGACUGCCAUGAGCUGCUUCACCUGUUCCCUACCAGCAUGUCCAGCGAUUUAGCUGAAAACAUUGGAAGAGCCGUUUUGUCGGCCAUCCAACGAUUCAGCGGUAGUGCACCCUCAACCUCACAAACGCCGCAGCACUUGGAAUCCAGCAGUGCACCUGGACCAAGUAGACCUGCCGUCUCCACUGGGAUACCGUACCGCUCGGUUCCUCUUCCAUCAGUUCUUCAAGCUCAUGCUACGCGCUCACAUUUUGUGAGAAAAAACAAGACCUGCAAACACUAUACAAAAGAUGUCGUGUGCUUGCCCUUGUCUUCAGCAUCAACGUUUCUCAUACCGAGAGGAGAUUCAAGAGCAAAACUAGCACAAGAUGGCCUUAUUGGGAAGAUCUCCUUUACAUCUGACUGGUCUGAAGCACAACUUAGAGAAGAAAUAGCAGCAAUCUUCAGAAGAACAUUUGCACUGUCAACUGGCCAGACAUUCCCUUUUGAGUAUUUGAGUACAAUUAGAGGAUGUAAACGACUAAUGAAACCAAAUGUUUCUAGCAGUUUUCUUUGGGGUGGUCAAGAAGUUGGCUCGAUUUGUUCCACCACCUGCCUCUAUAUAAUGGCAGGGAUACAAAAACCUGCACAGGAGGAACCAGAAGAGCUGUCUGAUAGUGACUUUGAAAGUCCAGUCUGCCGGAGAAGACGAGUGCAUCAUCCGUUGCCUACAACACCAGGUGAAAGUGAGGCCAAGCAUCAGGAAACAGAGGGCUGCAUUCAGGAGAGUGAAAAUGAGGGACAGGCAGAGGGACAGCAGAUGUUUCCAUAUAAUGUGGCAGAAUUUGUCCCUAUUUUUCUGGAGGAAGAUGAAGCUCUUGAAGAGGCAAUUCAGCGUAGCCUCCUAGAAGAGUCUGAUAGACAGAGUGAAGUUCAUAUUUCAAGUGCAAAGUCUCGUCCCUGCUCUGAGUCUGUGGCGCCUGCAGUUGAAGUGCUUCAGCUCUGCUGCUGCUGGUUAUAAAUAAAAGACACUGAGUUCUGUUGUAGUUUGGCCGUGCAUCUGCCUGCAGCUGCUUCUUAAGUGAUCUCUGUGGAGCCCUGGCUGGUAUUCAGGGAAGAAAUAAAGGAGUAUGUUUGUCAUGACAAUAGUGAGCACUACCUUAUAUGAGGAUUACACUAGGUUUAUAAAGAUGCGUCUGUCACGUCUAGCGAAUCUAUAGCCUGGUAAAUUGUGCAUUUGUGUGCAUGUGUUUCUGGUGCAAUCUGUGGUUUUGCAAGGAGGGGUUAACCUCUCGAGCGAUGCUCCACAGAGCACGAUGAAAGGAGAGGUACGCAGGGACAACACAAGCCCUUCCAAAUAGCACUCAGUCUGAAUAAUGCAGCAGUAUGGAGGAGGGAGCGAGGGGGAGGGAAGAAUUACCGGGCAGGGUGUGAGCGAUUGUGUAGCGAAUGCCGACAGAGAGAGUUACAGGCUGAAGCGAAGGCGAAAUAAUGUGCACAAUAGAAGAGAUGGAGCUGAAGAGCGGCGUGGAGGAAGAGGAUGGCAGGACAGGAGGAAGAGUAACAAAGGUUAUUAGCUUUACGAUUAAAUAAAUAACUACACAAAAGC